CUCCAUUGUUCGCGAAGUGACUUUGUUCUGGCCGGCCACGUGCGUCGGGGCCGCAGACGUAAUUUCAUUGUGGCCCCGAGGCCCUGACUCUUUGCCAGAGCUCUUAACCACAGACCACCACCUUCCCUCUCCCCACAUUACCUCUGCUACCUUAUCUCUGUAUAGUCGCUCACGCACUUCACGACACGUUAUGGUUGCGACGAAGACAUCGAAGGCCACCAAGGCCAAGGCGGCGCCUAAGGCGAAGUAUACCUACCGCGAGCGCGUCCUAGAUGCCUGCGCACACUUACAGCAGCACAAGAAGCGCAUCCACAUGGCCACGCUUAGGGCUGAAAUACACAGGGCCGCCGAAGAGAGGAACGACAAGAUGGGACCACAUGCUCAUAGAUACAUCCACAAGGCGGUCGACGGCCUGGUCGACGAGGGCAUGCUCGAGCGCCUACCCGAGCCAGCCACCAUCUCAGUCACCCCCUCCGCCAAGAAAACCUUCAAGAAGGCUCGCAAGUCCCUCAACCUCUCCUCCCCACCCUCUUCGCAAGCCGACCAGGAGAUGUUCAUCCGCCUCGUCUCGCACAGCCCGCACAAGCGCCGCCGGCAGUCCAACGUGCACUUUGAUGGCGCCGCGGACGCCGAUGUGGGCGAGAGCAUCUCCGCACGCGUUAGCAAGCGUCCGCGUCGGUCCACCGGAGGCCCGCGCAAGUCUAGGGCUUCUGCCGCGGGUCCUUCUAGGGCUCCCCGCCGAUCCAUGGCCCAGCCAAGCGCGUCGCAAGGGCCGAAGCCGCUGUCCAGGAUGACCAAGGCCGAGCUACUUGCCAAGAUCAAGGAACUUCAGGAGCGCCAACAAGCCCUACGCAGUGAAUCUCCUCUCUCGGAGCUCUCGGACGAUGAGGACAGCCAAGCAAUUGAGGCGCGCCUGCGCGAGCAGACCCAGCACUAUCGCGAGCGCAUUGAAGAGCUUGAACAGCAGCUCGCACUUGGGUUCGCGAGUGCCGUGGGCGGUCCGAGUGGUGCCACAUACGCCGACGACUCGAUGGACAUGGAUGAGCAGCCAACUCAAGUGGAAGACGAAGUUCCCACCCGCCCCUCGACGCCCACGAUCAACGCGCCUAGCAUCUCCGAGCCGAACUCGCCUGAGCAGCCCAUCGCUCACUCGCAGGCGCAGCCCAUUCCACCCUCGCAGCCCGUCCCGCGCACGCAAGCACAGCGCCUGCUCGGCGUCACCCGCCCCGGCGCACCCAUGGGCGUGACCCGCACACAGUCCGGCUCCUUCAUCUCGCAUCUAUCGAAGCGCCCGACGCCUGCGCCCAGUGACUCGGGCGACGAGCACCGCGAGGAUCUUGAUAUGACCUCUUUCGAGCAGGAUGGCAUACAUUCGUACGAGCACGAGCAGGAUUUCGGCUCUCACGAAUACUCCCAGACGCAAGAAAGCCUCUUCGAGUCCACGCAGGGCGAGCGCCUCGCGCAGGAGAAGGUCGCCAGCCUCGAGCAGCAGCUCGCCGCGCUCAAUCAGGAUCUCGUCGACGUGCGCUGCGCCUCCGCUGCCGCAGAGCUCCGCAUGCAGCGGAGCGCGCAGGCGCUGGAGGACAAGGUCGUCGCGCGGGAGCACACCAUCACUGGCCUGGAGGCCGACGUCGCGAACGCGCAGCGUCAGGAGGCGGAUUUGCAGGCCAUGAUCGCGGCGAAGGACCAGGAGAUCACGCAGUUGCAGACUCAGCUGAGGCAGGCGAAGGCGGAGUACGAGGCGGCUGCCCAGCAGGAGCAGGCCCUUCGCAGCUCCGUCACGGAGCUGCAGCAAACCCUCGUCGCGCGCGAUACUGUGGUCGCCGAGCAGACGGCGUUGAUCAACGACUCCAGCGCGCGUUUGGCAGCAGCGAACUCUUCCAACGAAGUGUUGGCCCUGCAGCUCGCGGCCUCAGACGCCGAGCGCACGCGCCUGCUUGGCGAGCUCGAGGGCACGCUCGCCGGGAAGACCGAGGUGCAGCGCCAGUUCCGCGAGGAGGUGCAGGCUUUGCGCGUGGCCGCGGAGGAGACGGCAAAGGAGAUGCGGGAGCUUGAGGAAGAGCGCGAUGAGCUGCGUAACGAGCGCGAGCACCUGGAGGCGGUGUCGCAGUCGUUGGAGGAGGAAGUCAACGAGCUGAAGGACCAGCUAGAAGAGGAGCGCGUCCAGGCAGAGCUGCUGGGUGCGCAGCUCGCCGACCGCGAUGCUCAGUUGGCUGCAAGGGCACGCGAGGCGGAGGAGCUACAGGACAAGAUCAGUGCGUUUGCGAGCCAGGUCUCGUCGUUGGAGCAGCAGGUCUCCGCUUCGCAUGCGAAGGUCGCAGAGCUCGAGAGUGCUCUAGCGACCUCACGCGAGGAGACCGCGGCCAUGACCAAGGUGCGGGACGAUGAAGCCGCCAAGGUCACCGACCUGCGCAUCCGCCUCGACGUUUCGGAGAAGACUAACAUCGAGCUCCGCUCCACCAUCGCCGACCGCGACGCUCAGCUCGCCUCCGUCUCCGCCGAUCUCGAGACGUCGCGCCAGCAGCACAAAGCAACCCGCGAAGAGCUCGCGACCUCCAACAAGCUUGCCGAGACGGAGCAAGCGCGCGCGGCGUCGCUGGCCGGUAUGCUCGAGCAGACGAAGGCGGCCUUGCAGGCCGCGCAGGAGGAGGCGAACUUGUUGAAGGCGGCGAAAAAGCAAGACGAGGAGACGAUUGCGCGGUUGAAGGGGAGCUUCGGCAAGUACAAGGUGCAGCAGGCACAGUGGCUGUCGGAGAUGUCGAUGGAGUUCGACGACGCCCACGCGUCUACCGUCUCUUUCGAGCAAAAGCAGCGUGUGGCGGAAGCGAUCUGAGGUCCCGUGCUUGGACGAUCUUUCUUUUUGAGUUAUGUAUAAGGUGUCUUAUGGCCUACUUCUCAGUUUGAGUCACCAUAAUCUAGUAGUCUCUCAGCGUGGACCGGUUCCUGCCCUAGUAUAUAGUUUACGCAUCCCGGGUUUUCCAUCUUUACUCUGUAUAUGAUGUAUCUCUAGUAUCAUGUCUGGACAUCUGUGUUAUAUCGCAAACUUUUCCCAGCUAUAUCUGAC